AACCAAGCGGUUUCAGGAAGAAACUUUUUCAUUAGGCUACACACACACAGUGCGACACAUCCAACAUGGCGUUUCCAAAUAUGGGCGCCUUUACCAUGUUGUCGUUGGUUGUUUUGAUAACUCUAUUUCAUGGCGCAUACGGACAAGCAUGCACAUUCCACGAGUCUCACCACGGCGAUUGGUACUCUAUGGAAGUGGGUCGCGACACGUUCACGCUGGUGUCGGAGGAAAAGUGGGGGGACUACACGUGUGUGAGGAAGCACGAGCACCCCAGCCAAGUCGCUAAUGAGUUUCAGAAAGGCAUCAAUGUCACUAUGCUGAUCAAAGAAUCUGACACCUGCUUUGCUUGUUUAGAUGUUCUGUGGAGGACAGAGAAUAUUCUCCAAUACAGAAAAAGUGGAUGCUUCUCAAGUAACAGUGGCUUUGAGAGCCUGUGCAAAGGCAUCCGGAAACUUCCCAGUCAGAACGAAGUCAUAACUCUUUUCCGACAAACUCUGAAGACGGUGAACUGUAUCGACACCUGGGAGGGUGUCUACCAAUUCACCUACGAGGUGAACUGGGGUGGUGGCGGUAUCUGCGAUCACCCGGACAACCGACUCAAGGCCUGCCAGGACCCAGGCUCUGUCUACGUGGACAAUCAAGUGUUUCUCAUGACCUAUGCCAGGUGUCCUGGAGUUCAAACCUCAAAGUCAGAAACUAUCAGAUACCAGUGCAUGGGCAGCUGGUAUGCCCUCAUUGACGGAGAAGGCUACACGUUUGCUUCCAUUGCUGACACCGUAGAGAAAGACACCAGGGAAAAGUACAAGUGUUUGAUGACGAAGAGAGAUCAGAAGCAAGAAGACAACUCCAUCUCGUGGGGUAUGUCUCGCUUUGCCGACUGCAGCGCGCUGAACAGCGUGUACAGCUCUCCAGUGAGAUUGAGGCUGCACAGAGUGCCGCCCCAGACACCGUACGUAGCCCCUCAGUGUAGCAUGCCCAGAAACAUCUCCGGUGAGUGGUUCACGCAGGGCAUCCAGUUCAAGUCCCGAGUUGUGGUCAACGAGACGCACUUCCACUACUUCACGCAGAAGAACAAGUUUGAGUACGAGGAAACGUACCUGUCCUGCCAGCAGACCUUGGGCACACGCUACCUCAUGACCAAGUACAUUGUGGGAAAAUGCGAAGUGGACUUUGUUUGUUACGACAUCUUGCCGAGGCAUCAUGGGAUUGUUCGCUACAGAGUCGGCAAACCCUCGAGGCUGACAGAUGAUGAAAUCGCCGAUCCGACGUUCAUGGUGAAGAAGUUCAGAGAGGUAUGCAGCUGGCAGUCCUUCACCUUCAACCGCAACGAUACAGACUGGAAAUACGAAGUGCUGAUUUUGGAUCCCCCAUCGCCGGUGACCUGUCCUGUGGCCGGACGGUACAGUUUUGUGCAAAACGCUAACGGCUUUCUGGAGAAGUACAUGACCCGUAUUCGGGGCGUGACCGUCAAGCCUCGUGUACAGGUCAACUGUCGCAUCAUCGUGUCGGAGCUCAAGUCCUGCAGCCAGGACAGGUCGAGGAUUGAGAUUGAUGAAGAAUACUGCGAGAGUGUGGACUACAGGGGGAGACCGAUUGGAGAAUAUGAUGAGCCGGACCACAUCCUGACCUGUGUUGGUUUCUGGAUGGAAGACAUGAAGUCUUACAUGAUCACGUAUGACGAGGAGGACGCCAUCUCCAGAUUCCGGUGUUGGGUGUACGAGCGCAUCAGCUGGACUGAACUGUCUCUGUCUCGUAGCCAGACGGCGAGAUGCCAGCGGGCCCAGAACGCGACCAGCUACAUGUUGGAAGGCACUGGCCUACAGAUGGUGCUCACGGAGAAUGAGAGACUUUUUGACGACUGCCCUCAGCGAUUUGACCCUGGCCUGAAUCCGCAUAUGCGACCAACAGUGAUAUACGUUCUCAGCUCCGCCCCACAGAUCUCUUCUCUCGGGGUACUGGCGAUCUUCAGCGCAUUUUUAGUUGCCAGUUUACUUUAAUGUUUGGGGAAUUUCUCUGAAGAGGUGCGAUUGAUUCAAGUGUUUAUGUGUGUAAUUCUCUGUGUGUGUGUGUGUGUGUGUGUGUAUGUGUGUGUGUUUGAUGAUUGCUCUGCAGAAUAGGGAUGGGCUGGUACCGGUACCCAGACCAGAACUCCCGGUUCUACCGAAGGAGAUGUCAGUACUGGCACCUGGCCUCCGGUACCGGCCUUGGGAAGGAGCUGACACCAACGACCAAUGGUUUUUUACAAGGCCACGGAAAGUGUGCUGUGUGUAGGCCAAGGCCUAGCAGCUGUGACGUCAGAUGCACAACGCAGCGGGUAACUUUGAUAAAUGACUUCAGAUUGAAAAUUGACAAUCAAAAAUGAAGUUUGCUUAAAUUUAGAUAGGGCAUCAAAUCAGGUUCCUCGAGAGCCACUUUGUUUGUAUUGAUAUGCUGAUUCCGAAAAUGAAAUCAAUUUUUAGCGCAAUGAAUAUUUUAAAAAUUCUGCUUGCAGAGUUUAAUCCCGGGCGGCAGCAAACUUCAAAGGUAUUUUGCGUCAUAGUUCGUCCCUCCAAUUCUUACUUGUGUUUGUGCCGGGGGGGGGGGGAUGGUUGUGGUGACGCGAGACGCACAGUCUGUGACGUCAGCUCCUGGUGUCACUCCCAGUACUGGUACCGGUACUGACGGUAGGGUGCCAAGAAAGUACCGACACUGGGUUUUGCCGGUACUGCUCAGCACUACUGCAGAAUGGUGGUAUGUUGUGUAUAUAGGUCAAAAGUGUCACAUGGUGUGUGUGGUUGUGUGUGUGUGUGUGUGGUGCACAAGCCAAAAGUUUUUACUCUGUAAAUAUUGCGUUAGCGAGAAUGGUCAUGUUGGAUGUGUGUGUAAUGUACGCUAUAGUCUUUUUAAUCUGGAAGUAUAAAUUGUCUGAAGGCAAAACAGCUGAUUACUGUAUAUAGUAUUCAUUCCCUGUGGUUGUUUUGUUUUUUUUCUGUCACAAAUGAAAGCUAGGACAUAGUUUUGCAAUAGUCAAGAAAAAUAUUUCGUAAAAAAAUCGUUAAGCUGCUAACAGACCACUUUUUGGGAGAACAAGAACGUUUUUUGUAAUGAUCUUUGAUUCAACUUGUUGAUUUGAAUAAGCAAUUAUGUGAGGGUUUUUUUUUCACAUUCCUAUCUUUUUUCCAAUGUAAUUUGAUGGCUGGCCCUGUAAACAAAACCACCUUUGUAUUUUGCCAUAAAUUUUGUCGCAUGCUGUCCCGUUAAUGUGUUGUGUUCCCGUCGGAAGUGUUCACUCCUGCCCUUCUGCCGUGUAAGUGAGUAUAGAGAGUGCUCAUCCAAGAAUGUCAGUAGUAACCUGAACCUACCUGACAAUUCAAUGUAUCCGUAGUCAACUGAAGAAUAUACACAGUUAUUUGACCAAUUUACUUAUGUCCUUUUCUGAUGUGGAAACGGAGAUGAGUGUGCCUUGUUGAUGAUUCUGAGAACAAGUACGCCAGGUUGAAGCCUCGGACUAUGAUACAACUGUAGCUGGAUUGGAUCUGAUUUUGUAAAUUUCUUGUGGCUCUCUUGCUCUGUUUAUUUCUGAAAGUGCUAUCUAUCCCUUCAGUAAAAUGCUCAUAUCUGCUCCAUUGUUCUUUCGUGGAUUUUUUUUUUUUUAAAUUGAGAAAUGCAAAACUUGAUUUCUUUCUUCGUCUUUAUAUCAUGCUGUACUGUGCACUGUUUGCACUUAUGUGAGAAUAUACUCCACAAUCAGUACCAAUGGAUACUCAUUUAUUUUAGCCCUAAGGGGUGUGAACUCGUAUCUACACUCCUGUUUCUUUCUCGUUAUAUUAUUACGAUUAAUUUCUUUCUUUUGGUAACCGUGUUAUUCUACUGACAUUCCUACUUUCUUUUCCCUUAUAUUUUUUUUGUCAUAAUUUGGUUGGUUGGUUUCAUACUGCUGAGCGAAUCUUCAAGACAUCGCCUUCUUUGCUGCGGUAAGCUGACAAAACGCCUUUUUUUUUCUUCACAGCAGUUUUGAGAAAAAGAGGGUUUUUUUUUGUCAGCAUAACCAUUUUAAAUUAGAGUGAUUCCGAAAUUUAAAUUUGAAUUUAUUUUAGUAAAAAAACUAGCCGCAGUUUCACUUUGAUUUUUUCACACAAGUAGUAGAAGGGUAACUGAUCAAGCUUCCGAUUUAGCAAGUAAAAAAUGUUGGCAUCAAAAUGAAAAAAGGCGUUAUGUCAGCUUAUGGCAGUAUGGCCCAUGCCUGGUGCGGGUGUUGUGGUGGUUUAUGUGGGAGUCUGUCUAGCUCACCUGAUAACACUUUACUUACGCCAGGGAAGCACUCGCUCACUGUCCUGUGUUGAUUGAGCCAUAUUACUAAGACUUGACCUAAUGAUUUGAUACUGCGAGUCCGUGAAUUACUAUACCUUGUUAGUGGAGCCAUGCAUAGCAUAUCAUAUAUCUAAGAGUUAUUAUUAACCUACUAAUCAGGGAUGCCAAGUCUCCGUUUUUUUCCGGCUUUUUCCGUGUUUUUUUUCAUCCACUUGCAAAGGAAAGGGGAAUGGUAAGAGAAAUGUUUUUGUUUGUUCAUUUAAAGAUUUUACAAGGUUCGUUUUAGGUGAGGUGUGAUGUCCACUCAUUUUCAUGGGGGGUUUUUUCUAAAAUUUUUGGCAUCCCUGACUAAUGCUUUGUUACGACAAGUCUGAAUUCUUUGUACAAAGUCAUGCAAGAACUGUGUGAGUAAUGGUGUGGUGUUGGGAAAGUAUGUUACGGUGAAUGUGUCGUGUAUGUCUGUGUUGCUGUGUUUCUCUGUCUGUUCAAGCCAAACACACCAAGUGUGGCCUCAAUGACAUUAUCUCUACCACAGCUGUGGGACAAGUAUAGCCUGAGCCAGGGCCACUGUGUAGACAAAUAUUGUUAUCUUCUGGCUGCGAUGCUACAGCGCAGGACGGAUAAUGUUUGAGAAUUGUAUCAGUGUCACAUUGGGAUGGUUUUGGUUUCUCUUAGGGUUUUCCAAGGGGUGGUUAUUCUUAGGGUUAAUUAAGGAAUGGUUUCUUUGAGGGUUAGAAAAGGGUUAGGCGAGGGAUGGUUUCUGUUAAGGUUAGGCAAGGGAUGGUUUCUGUUGGGGUUAGAAGAGUGUUAGCAGGGUCCUCACCAGGUCGGGAAAAAGUCGUGAAUUUUGUGAUGGGUCGAUAAGUCAGGAAAGGAUAGGGUCUGGAGGCUAGGGAUGGUUUCUUUGAGGGUUAGGCGAGGGAUAGUUGUUCAUCCUUACCUGUCAUCCAUUCCUUUCCUGCGCUCAGUUCUCACUGACUCAUUGCUUCUACACUGGCUCUGGUGUUGGACUCGGGCUUGAAGUACGUCUUGUUGACACCGUCGGCUUAUAGGCCUUGUUCCCAGCAAAUAUCUGAAAUGUAAAAAAAAAACCCCGCAAAAACCAUCACUUUGGCGCCGUUGAGCUGAUGACAAAAUAUUCUUAUCCCUUCUCAAUAUGAUGAAUAGAAUUAGAGAUCUUCAUGUAAAAGAAAAACGGACGAUGUAUAUGUGAAGUAAAUGCAAAGUUUUGUAACUUUAGGAUAAGGUUACCUUAUUCCACACAGUUUGUUUUAGUCAAGCAACCCUAUACUUAGGUACGUUUGAUCCAAAGUAAGUUUGUAAAUGUCAAUCCUGCUUUAGGUCUAUUUACAAAUACAAUUAUAUUUUUUUUCUAUGAACUGGUCCAAUUUUAUGAUGGAAUUGAAAAAAAAUAUAUUUUACAAGGAAAGUGACCUACCCAGUGUACUUUAAAGUCAUCUGUGGCUCUACAAUAGAGCUGUAAGAUUGGCGCUCAUAUGACUAUAUGCAGUUGCGAGUGCCGUAAAACCCUCUACUAUAAAAAAAAAAGAGCUGUAAGUGGAACUGUGAACUUUAUUUUACAAUGUUGAAAAUGUGUGCCUGUCACUGUCAAUGUGUUGGAAUGUGACAAGUUUGUUGGUGUAAGAUUGUGAGCUUAGUACAGUAUAUAUGAUAUGGUGAAUGAUGGUCACAAGUUGUUAUGCAUGCAUUAUCGUGUCAGGAUGUGAUGAGGAAGAGGACGGUACUGGUAUCUCGUAUCGUUUGCUUGUUUGUUGCUGACAGUGACUAUAGUCGAUAAGACUUACAUUCCAAAACAUUCAUCGUGUUGUGAAUAGUGAUUAUAGUGUCAUACACUUGUAUUUUUAUAAAAUGCUUUAUUCUGUAAUAUAGUACAAGGUUUAGAAUGAAAAUGCCAUCUGUCUUAUGAUGUGUCAAAUUUUUCACUCAUUCUUGGUUGUGUCUUCAUACAAUGGUUUGCAGCCAUGUUCUUUGAAAGCAAUGUUAUACUAAAAAAUACAUGGUUCUGUUAAUGAGUUGCGUUUCUUUUCACCCAUCAAACAGAUGCCUUCUUUCACAUUCUGUCCAGCUAAUAUAUGACAUCUUGCUACCUUAAAAUUACAUCGUUCUAUCCGCUCAGUACCUACUUUUGAGAAAUUUGACGUUGAAAAUUUUGAGUUUCACAAGUCAAGCUAAUUCGAAUAAUGCAAUUCCUUUGAAUAUCUUGAAAACAACUUCAAAUAAUCUUACGAUUUUGAUAGAGCAGAUAGUACAUUAAUUGGUUUCUGACCUCAUGGUCUUAGUAGUAUCUCAAAACAGCCAAAAACGUCAGAUAGAAAUUUGCAAUUCUAGGGUAGCGAUCUGUUGUUUGUUGUUUGCUCUUUUCUGUUUUCAUUGAAAGAGGUUUUCCCUAGCCUUUGGCAGUCAGAAAAACAUCAACGCUGGUGGAGUUGGCCCUCAAACUCUCAAUUACUUAACACUUUGUCAUAGGGAAAGAGGUUUGGUUCCUCUUUAAAAGUGGUCUGUAGUGACAAGUUCCAAAGUACCUUAGAGCAAAAAA